CCUAUGUUUAUCACGAUCUGUUGUGGCGCAGCCGCUUGCCGCUGGACAACACUAGUGUGUGUGUUCCGAGUGUUCGAUAUAUUGGUACCUGGAUGAACGCGUGAUCGGUCAUCGAGGGAUCAGUAACACACUUUUAGCGUUUAAUCGUGAAAUUCCGCACAUUUCGCAAACGAGACAUCAUGGUUUUACUGGGCGAAGUGUUUCCGGACUUCACAGCGGACACCCAGAGGGGCACGAUCAGAUUUCACGAGUGGCUGGGCGAUUCGUGGGGUAUCCUGUUUUCCCAUCCCAACGACUUCACGCCGGUUUGCACGACCGAACUGGCACGGGUCGCAAAACUAAUGCCUGAAUUCAAGAGAUUGGGCGUGAAAGUGAUCGCAUUGUCCUGUAAUUCUGUCGAGUCCCAUCGCAAAUGGAUAGAGGAUAUAAAGAGUUACGGCGAGAUAAGGGAUGAGGAAUUUCCAUAUCCGAUAAUAGAGGAUCAAGCCAGAAAGCUUGCCUCGUUACUGGGAAUGUUGGAUCCCGCGGAGAUCGACAGCCGGACCGGACUACCCAUGUCGGCGCGAGCUGUCUUUAUAAUCGACCCGGCUAAGAAGAUGCGACUGUCGAUUUUGUACCCAGCCACCACUGGUCGCAAUUUCGACGAAAUAAUAAGGGUAAUUGAAUCUCUUCAGCUCACGCAAAAGUACAAAGUAGCGACUCCUGUAGACUGGAAGAAAGGAGAAGAUGUAAUGAUUGAUCCGAGUGUGUCAGACAGUGAAGCCAAAGCUUCUUACAGCAAUAUCAAGACUGUGAUGUUACCUUCCGGCAGAACGUAUUUGCGUAUUGUGGCACAACCUAUAGAUGCAUAGAAGAAAAUUUCUAUGUAUUAUGUAAAAAGAUUAUAAUAAAAGCCAAACUGCCCAAAUCAUGUCAUCAAUAUGGCGAUCUUGUUUGCAUAAAUAUAUAUAUAUAUGAAAUGUUAUUUUAUAAAACUAAUUGUACAACAUAUUUAUCACUUUUGAAUAUCUAAGACGCAUUCUGUGUCUUUAUUUAAAUAAAAAUGUCCUUAUUUAACUUCAAAAGAUAAUUUGAUAUACUUAAUUAAAAAUUAAUUAAAAAAUUGUUUUUCUUACAUUGUAGAUUUCUUACGUUGUAGAGUGAUAUAAAAUAAAAGAGAAUUCGAAUUCUUGGUAUUUGCAAACAA